AUGCCUAGACCGAAAGGAGGAGGAGGGGGUUACAACUUCAGCUAUCAGAGAUUUUCAAACGGCUUUAAGCCACUCUCGGCUGUUCAGCAGCGUAUGCAGAAUUUGAAGCUCGAGAAUUUGGACAACUAACUGAGGAUAUGGCUGAGCUAGCUGGUCGAAAACUCAAUACAUAUGAAUGCGAAAACGAUUGAGAUAAAGUUGAUUCAAAAGGGCACUUUUGGCUUUGAUGUGGUAGACGAUGGGCUAGGCAUUGACAAGUCUGAAUUUGAAAACCUAUGCUAAUAUGAAUCCAAGAGGCAAUACAAUUAGAUAUAUAAAACUAGAAGUCUUGGGUGGAGAGGAGAAGCUCUUCACUCUUUGUCUUAAUGCAGUGAACUUAAGGUAAUAACUAGAAAGGUCAGUCAAAAAACAGGCUUUGAAGUGACUUAUGUUGAUGGGAAGAUGGUAAAAGUCAUUGAUUUUUCAAGAGAGUUUUAAGGAACUACUGUUUAAGUGAGAGCUAUUCACAAGAAUAACUCUUUAGUUCAAAAAAGCUAUCAAAAGAAUAAGGAGAAUCACUAUAACAAUGCCAACUAAUUGCUACUCCAAUUCUCCCAAAUACUCUUUGACACCUAGAUGUCUUUAUCAAAUGAGUUCGUGGAUCUAGGCUCUUGCUCUAAGUAUAAUAAUUUUGACAAUUUAAUCUACUUUAGAACUUUGAAGGUCCUAUGGGAGACAACAGCUCCUGGUAACUAGAGAGAAAAUAUCAUAAUGUACUUGAAUUAGAUUCACAACGGCACACCUUUCAAAAUGACAUCUCUCGAUUUGAUUGAAUUCAGCACAUUCAUCCUAGAUCACUAGGUCUAAUUAUACAUGAUAAGACCCUACACGGAUGGCAUUAUAGUCAACUUGCAUAAAAGACAUCUGAACCAAUACUUCAACUGCAAACCUUGUGAACUGCCUAUGUCCUUUAAGUCUCUGUUUUAUGAGAUAUACAACGAAUACAAAGUAAAACCCACUUCACAGCCCUAUGUGUUUGUUCACUUUCAGUGCAACAUGGACAUUGCCUAUGAAAUUGAAAAUCAAAUGGAUAUCAGAAGAAUAUCCUUCAACAAUGAAACUAUUAUUGCUUAAGAGUUGAAAUUAAAAGUGAAGGAAUAUCUCAGCCAAAUAAACUCUAGUAUGACUUUCACUCAUAAGUCAUCUACGCCGUAAAAGCCUAAUGGACUUUAAUCUCCACAGAAGUUGACGAAGUAAGCACAAAAACAGUCAACAGUUUAAGUUGUUGAACUAGAACCUGAUUCUGGAAGCGAGUUGCAAUAGAUCUAAGACAUAUAAAAAUAAUAAGUGCCAAAUAAGUAAAUAGCCUAGAAUAAUUAAACUAAAUCGAAAUAAGUAAUAAUUUAGACUGCCAUUCCCUUAGGGCAGGAUGAGGUUAUGAAAGAUAUCAAUGAUUCAGAUAACGAAAAUAUUAAAGAAAAGACAAAUGAAGAUAAAAUCAUGAAAAACUCAAGUGAUAGCCAUCAAUACAUCCCAUAAAAUUCAAUCUAGAAAGCAUAAGUAGAACCCACUAUUGAAGUUAAGCCAUAGUAUGCUUCUUUGUUUGAAUUGCCAAAGGAGGUUAAAGAAGCAGAAAAGUCCUUGUUUGCUCCUAAGAAUGCUACGUAUGCUGAAAUCUGUCAUACUCUAAAGAAACCCGAAAUAGAUGAAAAAGAUCUUAAAAAGAAUGAACUGAAAAAGAAUAAGACUUAUGACUUGACUAUGAAAUUCGGGGCAAGUCUAGUUGUCAAUGCCAACUUUAAUGGAAACACUAUAAUAUCUAAACCCAUUAAUAAUACAGCUUCUACUUGCAGUAAAACAGCUACGCCAUAAUCAUUGAAUAACGAACCACCUAAAAUAUAUGCUGAUCUGUACUAAGAUCCAAUUGAUAAAACACAUGAUUCAGAUAAAGACGAGGAGAUGCAGGAUGAUUAACAACCAAAUAGCCAGAGAAGCAAUAUAUAUCGAGAUCAUAAAAUUCAAGAACUUGAGAGCGAAUAUAAUUAUAAGAUUACUAUAAUUAGUAGAAAGUCCCCUACAAAGGCUCAAGUAAUUUAAGCAACAGAAAAUGUAAUAAAGCAGUAGUUAGAAUAGAAAAAUGAUGAUUAACUUUAAUAAUAGCAGUAAUUAGAGUAGUAGGCAACUUCUACUAGUGAAAUUGAAUUGAGGGAAUCAGUAGCAUAGAAUGUCAAACAAGAACUUAGUACCCCUGCGAUUUAAUAAACUUAGAUGUUUUCUUAAGCAGUGUAUCUGGAUUUUGGUGGGGGAGUUAUUAAACAGGAGUAAGUGUAUAUCCCAAACAGUAUUUAACUUCCGUUUUAUAUUGUAUCUGGUGCCAUGAGUUGUAAUUCCAUCACUUUGGAGGAAUCAGAGGAUUUAAUUACUCUUUGGGAUUAUGAAGAUUUAUUCACCUUUGCUCAAAGCUAGAAAAAUAGCAAUAUUUAUAUUGUUAAGUCAAGGGACAUUGAUGUUGAUAAAGGUAUUAAAUUAAUCUGUGUUCUAAAAGCUAAACCGAAAACUCAAAUCGAUAAAGCUAUGAUUUACAGUAAAAUGAUUAGAUAGCCACCAAAUUUGAUCUAGGACUGCAACAUUGAAAAUAGUGAGGACUGCUUAAUGAUUAAUGAAUGA